UAGCAGACAGCCAUGGCGCUCUCUCACUGGCUUCUGAUCUUGCUAGUCUCCGCCGUGCCUUCUGUUGCACUAGGUUUUCAAUCCGACGAGCUUUUGCUGGACGACGAAGAGUUCGGUCUGGAAGGAGGGUUGCAGGCCAAGUCUCCCGAUCUCACUUACACACGUUCCUCGCCAUCACCGCCGACCCCCACACCUAGCCGGAGGAGGUAUUCCGAUCAGGAUUCCGACUCCAAGAUCCAGUUCGAGCUCCAUCACGCCUUCGGCGACUCUGAUUUCUCUCCCGCCGGCACCUUCAGUGCUCGCUUGAAGACUUGGAAUCACGGCGGUCAGACUCUCACGAAGCUUCGAUUUUCAAGGAAUGAUUUUGCCGAAGAGGAGAAGGACAAGUUUAAUCUGCUGCUGAAAGGAGAUGAGUUCUAUAGCAUAAGGUUGCCAUCCAGUGUGGCCAAUCCUCCUGGGAGGGAUUUUGUUGUUUCAUCUGUGAAAGCGAGAUGUCUUCUGCGAGAGGGUUUGGACGAACACUUUGUUAUACACACGGAUGGAGUUAACAUUUUGGCAGUUAAUUAUGGUUCCCCUGGGGCAUGCCCAUAUCCUCGGCAACUGAAACUUCCUUCAAAAUGGUCAUUCAACUCUCACACUGUUUUGAAGAACAGUGAACAGGCACCAAGAGCUCCAGUGUUUUCUGAGGAGAUUUUUGGUGGUGAGGGAGUAGAAGGUGAAGUUGUACCACCACAAGAAAGGUCUUUCUGGGCUAAAUAUUGGAUGUACCUGAUCCCACUAGGGUUAAUUGUUAUGAAUGCCGUAACCCAAGCAAUGAACAUGGCCGAGGAACAGGUUGGUGCUCCCUCAGCUCCUGGCCAAGCACAGCAGCCAGCGCCAAUACAGCGAGGAUCAAGUUCUUCUGUUAGAAGAAGAUAGCCAUUUUCUUCACUUUGUUUCUAAUGCUGCAACAUGAAUGACAUUUUAAGUUUGACAGUUGAUUGUAUUUUUAAUCCCAUGGAAUAAGAUCAUCAUGAGGGUUGUAAAUUUUAGUAGUUUUGCCAAUAUUGUGAUAGUAACAAAGGCCAUUGCUACUCAAUGGAAGGUUGAAUUGUUGAAAGUUUAGAAUUUAGUAUUGUAGAGAAUAUUGGAGGGCGUUGGUUGACAAUAAUAUUGAGAGGACUGCUUAAUUUA